AGGACUCAGUUGGCAGGAAAGGUCAAAGCGAAGUGGUUCUCAUUUUGAGCAGAGGAAUCGUAAGAAAGAAGCACCGGCAGCAGUAUGCCGCCAAAGGGGAAAAAGGGCAAAAAGGGCAAAAAAUUGCCAGUGCUCAUCGAUGGCGUGGACACCUCGGCGAUGACGCGCGACCAGCUGGAGGCUUUUGCCCUCCGGCUAAAAGCAGAAAUGGAUCGGGAGCGGGAGGAGCGUAACUACUUCCAGUUGGAGCGGGAUAAGAUUCGCACUUUUUGGGAGAUCACGCGCCAGCAGCUGGAUGAGACGCGCUACGAGUUGCAGCAGAAGGACAAGGAGAUCGAGGCCACACAGGAUCUGGCGGAUAUCGACACCAAGCAUGUGAUGCAGCAGAUGAAGCAUCUGCAGUUCGAGAACCACAACAGGCUCGGCGAGGUUCGGGCUGAGGCGAUGACCCAACUGAAGUUGGCGCAGGAGCACCAUGUUCUACAGGAAAACGAGCUUCAGAGGGACAAGCGCCAGUUGCGCCGGAUGCUUCGCGAGAGAAUGGAGAUGAGCGAGAUGCAGCUGCGCCAAAUGGAGGCUCACUUCAACGAGAAGCUGCUAGAGCAGCGCAUCACCUUCGAACGCGAGCGCAAGGACAACGAGAUGCUCCACGAGGAGAAGAUGAUCGAGCAGAAGGCCAAGCUGGACCUCUUCUACGGCACCCAAAUGUUCGAGGUGGAGGAGCGCAAGAACCAGCAGAUAAAGGACCUGCAGGACCACCACGAUCUGGCCUUCAACGACAUGAAGAACUACUACAACGACAUCACGCUUAACAACCUGGCGCUGAUUGGCAGCAUGAAGGAGCAGCUGGAGCAUCUGCGCAAACAGGCGGAGAGAUCUGACCGAAUCGCCGCGGACACGGCAGCCGAGAAUCGGCGACUGAAGGAGCCCUUGGAGCACGCCAAUAUCCAGUUGAACGAGUAUCGCCGCAAAUUGGAGUUCUACGAGCGGGAUAAACAGCAAUUGAGUCGCCUCAAGACGCGCAACACACGGCUGGAAAAGAAGGUGAAGGGUCUUACCUGGGAGGCGGAAACGCUGAUCCUGCGAAACGACUCUCUGGUGGCGGAACGGGAGGGGCUCAAGGAGCGCUUCAACGAUGUGAUCGUGGAGCUGCAGCAGAAGACCGGACUGAAGAAUGUCCUACUGGAGCGCAAGAUCGCCGCUUUGAUGCGCGAGGAUGAGAAGCGCAGCAUUGUCCUGCACGAAACGAUCGCCACAUGCGCACCCAAUUUCGCCGAAAAGCUGACCUCCUUGGACGAACGGGUGGGCAACAUCAUCGAUGAGAAGAACAAGAUCAUCCUCGACCUGCGCUAUGAGGUGGCCAAGGCCCGGAAGGCCCACGACGAUCUCCUGGAAACCUACGAGUGCAAGCUCAAGCAGUAUGGUGUGCCCACCGACGAGCUGGGCUACAAGCCCCUUAGGGAUCGGGACCAACAGCAGCUGUACGUGUGCGGUCCUGCGGGCAUAAUCACCGAGAAUAAGUAGGAUCUGCAGAAGAAAACAGUCACAUUCAGAAGUCGGAUCACAAAUAUAUUUAGACGGGUACUUGAAUACUUGAAAUACGUGGGUACUUGACCUCAAAACCAACAACCAAAGAAAUCGGAACUCCAGGACUAUAACUUUAGACAUGCCGUCAUCAGACUAUAUUACAAAGCGAUUAAAGGUAGCAAAGUAAAGGGGAUCAGCUUAAAAUCCAGAAGCAAAAAGGCAAAAAAAAAACUAU